GGAGAGAGAUUGGAGAUCCAAAUGGAACGGGUAAGAGAGAGAAAGAGCGGAAAAGCGUUGGUUGAAUAAGAACAUAGAAAAAAGAACCCACCAAAUCGAAGCUGCCCUAUUUCCAACUAACCAUUUCUCUCUGUAAUUACAACAAAAUCCCAAGAACAAUCCCGUUCUUUCUGUAAUAACAACAAGAAUUUGAAUUUGCCCACCAGAAUUGAGAACAAUUUCGUCUGCGAAGCCGAUUGAAUCGAGGAAUGGGUCAUGUGACGGCUUCUUCAGGUUCGUCGAUCAACGGGCCACCUUCUAGGGCUCCUUCCUCCCUUUCAUCUACGGCUUUUACGAAUUUCCCUCUCAUUUCUGCUCUCAUUUCCUUCGCGGUUGCCCAGUUCAUCAAGUUCUUCACCUCCUGGUAUAAGGAACGACGAUGGGAUUUUAAGAGACUAAUUGGAUCGGGGGGAAUGCCUUCAUCUCAUUCUUCCACUGUUUCUGCUCUUGCUGUAGCCAUUGGCCUCCAAGAAGGCUUUGGAGCAUCAGUCUUUGCUGUUGCAUUGAUCUUAGCAUGUAUUGUAAUGUACGAUGCAACUGGUGUGAGAUUACAUGCUGGACGCCAAGCAGAGGUUUUGAAUCAAAUAGUUUAUGAACUUCCUGCUGAACAUCCUUUGGCUGAGAGCAGACCAUUGCGAGAACUUCUUGGCCACACCCCUCCCCAGGUUGUAGCUGGAGGAUUGCUUGGUAUUGUCACCUCUUCAAUUGGCCAUUUGAUGAUCAUAAUGACUAGGCCUUGAUCAUUGUGCUGAAGAAGAUCGAGCGGAUAAACCAGGUGUUGCUCUGAUCUCAUCAUUUUAAUGAAGGCUGUUUGAUGGAAACUUGAGUAUGAAAUUAUUCUUGUGAAUAUGGUCUGCACAUAACCUUUGAUCAAUGAGAUAUUUCAGAAUCAUUGUUUGAUUGAUUGAUUGAUUGCCGUAUUUAGUGCAAUAGGAAGGACCAAUAAGCUGCAGCGACAUCUGCAGUAUAUCAGAAAACAAACAUAUAGCUCUUAGCACUUAAGUUUUAGAUAACUCUAAUACCAUUUGCUUCGACUCAAUUCUGAUUCAUGUAGUCUUCCAA